AUGGAUCCAACUCCGUCUGCGUCUAAAUUCUCUGAAUACAUUCCCUACUGGCAGCUAGUCCUAAACCAAGGCAUCCUCACAGACCGCAUCCUCAACCACGAAUAUAACGGCUCCGGCACCGAAGAAAACCCCUACCUGGUGAACUGGAUCCAAGAUGACCCCCGGAACCCUAUGGAAUGGCCGCGGGCCACGAAAUGGAUAUACACCAUGCUGGUAGCCAUCGCGACGCUGGCUGUCGCCCUGGUGAGUUCAGCCUUCAGCGGCGGACUGCCCCAGAUACUACAGGAGUUCAAGAUAUCCUCGGAGGUUGGAACACUGGGCCUGUCGCUUUUCGUUGUCGGCUUUGCUAUUGGGCCUCUUCUUUGGGCGCCGCUGAGUGAGAUGUAUGGCCGGCAGCUCCUGUUCUUCGUCAGUUAUGCUGGUCUCACGGCGUUUAAUGCCGGCGCUGCUGGGUCGCAGAAUCCGUGGACUUUGAUUAUUCUGCGUUUCUUUGCGGGUGCCUUUGGGUCUUCGCCUCUUACCAAUGCUGGCGGCGUUAUUGCGGAUAUGUUCCCUGCUAGUGAGCGAGGCCUGGCCAUGACGCUCUUUGCGUCUGCUCCAUUCCUAGGCCCUACCAUUGGCCCAGUUAUUGGUGGUUUCUUGGGAAUGAACGCUGGCUGGCGAUGGGUGAUGGGUUUCCUCGCAGCCUUUUCCGGCGUAUUAUGGAUUGUCUGCUCAGUAUUCGUCCCUGAAACAUAUGGUCCAGUAUUGCUCCAAAAGCGGGCUGCAAGCUUGUCUAAACGCACAGGCAAGGUGUACGUGAGCAUCCACGAUGCUGAAAAAGGCAAGAUAUCCAUCAAGAAGGCAUUCAAGACCUCGCUGCUACGGCCGUGGAUCCUGCUAUUCCGCGAACCCAUUGUCCUCCUGCUCUCGAUUUAUAUGGCCAUCAUCUACGGGACACUCUACUUGUGCUUUGGCGCAUUCCCAAUUGUCUUCGAAGGCGAGCGGCACUGGAACCAAGGCGUCGCAGGCCUGGCCUUCCUCGGCGUCAUGAUAGGCAUGAUCUUUGCCAUCCCAUACAGCAUCAUCGACAAUAAACGCUACGUCCAAACACAAGGGAAACACGCCGGCUUUGCGCCCCCAGAAGCCCGACUCCCACCCUGUCUCGUCGGUAGUAUAGCCGUCCCCAUCGGUCUAUUCUGGUUUGCCUGGACGACAUUCCCUUCCGUGCACUGGGUCGUGCCCAUAAUCGCAUCCGCACCAUUCGGCUUCGGAAUGGUCCUCGUCUUCCUCUCUAUCAUGAACUACCUCAUCGACUCUUACACCAUCUACGCGGCCUCUGUUCUCGCCGCUAACUCUGUCCUGCGGUCCCUGUUUGGCGCUGCUUUCCCCUUAUUCACGUCACAGAUGUACGCCAACCUCGGUACGCAGUGGGCAUCGAGUGUUCCGGCUUUCCUUGCGCUGGGUUGUGUGCCGUUCCCUUUUUUGUUCUAUAAGUACGGGCCUGCGAUUCGCAAGAAGUGCAAGUUCGCUGCUGAGUCGGAUGCUUUUAUGCGCAAGAUGGCCGAGCGAAUGUCUUCUACAGGGAAUACCACUAAUGGCAGCAUAACGAACGAUGAGAAAGAGAAGGACGGUGGGGAAGAUAUAGAUAUUGAAGCCGGGCCGCAUAACGCCAAGGUUGAGUCUAGUUCUGGCUCGAGUCUGGAUGAGUUGCCUGGUGUCUCUCGCAAGCAGAGUGUGCCGCAGUCUGUUCACUCGAAGUCGAGUGUUUAUGAGGGGAAUCCUUAUAACAUUGACCGGGUGACUACGCAGGAACGGUGA